CGGCGGAGCUCGGGGUUUUUUGGCUCCAAUGUCGAGAAACGCAAAUUCUUCUAUCUUCCAUUUUCGUCUCCGCAAAAUCGGCAUUCUGGAAGAAGCGGGUAAUGAACUUAAUUAGCUCAACCAGCCGUCCGUGGACGCGCCUCCGCUGUGGCGGUGCAGUAAUUCGAACUCCACCGCGAGUGUCCACGGCCGUGGGGUUUAAUACUAUCUCUUUCCCAUUUUAUCCCCAUCUCCUUCCAGAUGUUUCCGGAAGGUCCUUCAUUGCCUCCGCAAAGAAGAAAAAUUCGCGGUCGGAGCCAGUUUUGAAACCUGCCAUUACCGAUGAAGUUUCAGUGGAUGGUGAUGAAGAUGAAAUUCUCCUUGAGGGCUUUGAAUCCGACGAGCUGAUAGAAGAUGACGAAGAUUACGACGAUGAAUAUUUUGACGAAGAACCCGAAACCUCUGCAGGGGAUGGAGCUGGAGGCGGUGGAAUAUGUCUAGCUGGCACAGCGUGGGAUAAAAAAGCUUUACAAAUUGCCGAAGAAGUUGUUGUUUCGUUUGAUGGAGAACUUGGUAUAUACGCCUUUAAGACACUGCUAAAUGCCACCAUUCAAGUUCGUAUAGAGAGACUAACAAAUAAGUCUGGCUCUCCCGAUAUGACUGACAUUGAAGCUUUCUCAAGAAAGUAUCGAACACAGCUCGAUGAAGCUGAAGCUAACGGCUCUAUUCCUGCAAACGUAUCUCUAGAGGUUUCAUCACCGGGUGUGAAAAGAGUAGUUCGAAUUCCGGAAGAUCUCGAACGGUUACAAGAUCGUAACCUGUAUGUAAAAUACAUCACUGAAAUAACGGACACCGUUCCAUCAUCUGAGCUUGACGGGAUUUUUAGGCUUAUAUCGUUCGAUACAGAAGCUCGUUCUUGCACUUGGGGACUAGCGGAUGUGAGAGUGAAUAGAGAAAAAGCAGGAAAGGGAAGGCCUCUCAAUAAGAAACAGAAAGAGUGGCGGUUAAUUACUCCAGUGGAUUCCCUACAGUUGGUACGGUUCUACUCUGAAAUAUGAACAUUAUUUUUUCUGCCUGUCUUGCUCUGUCAACUACUAAUUUAAUAUGGUUUUCAUUCAUAAUAGUCUCAUCACAUAUAUUUUAUUUUGGCU